AAUAAUGGAUCUGCAGUUACAGUAGUAACAAUUGUUGUGCCGAUCAUCUUCAUACUGGUUCUAACGAUUGUAAUGAGGAUAGUAUUCUUUAUAAGGAACAAAGCAAGAGAUGUAUCUAGCUAUAUCAAUGAUAGCAGAGAUGACGAGAUAACAGAUAAUCUUCAAGGGGAAUCAGUUGAGAACCAACUUUACCAGUCGUCUCCGUUCCAAAAUGCAGCAGCUGUACAUCACGUUUUAAAUCAAAACGAAACAUAUCAGAACUUACCAGCUUUGUUUCAUGAUAAUCAAACUCAUCAGAUGCGACUGUAUAAUGAAAAUGGAGCAAACGGUCAAAGUGUGUCUUAUUCAAACAGAAGUGUCCUAUCGCCAGUACGUGGAUUAGAGAUUGGUGAAAGUAGUCUACAAUAUGCAGAAGUUAUUUUUGAAGAUGUACCAACUGUGCAUGAAGUUGUUAUACAUGGCAUUGGUGACAGAACGGUUUAUUCGGACAUAGAUUUUAUGACGCAACAUGUAGCCCAGGCAUCUAAUAAAAGUGAAAGCGAAAGUGAAAGCGACGAUGACUUUAUGUACGUAGAUGGUAUAGAAAAUUUUGUGGAAAAAAGAGGAAAUAACAAUUCAUAAUUGUUGUAUAUAUAUGUACACAUGUAUAUUGUUUUUGUUUCCAAUGGAAUUAAAUAAUAAGACAAUCUGAACAGUAUUCGAUCAUUUAAAGGCGUAUUAAACUCAAAUGAACUCAGACAAUAAACUUUACUGCAAAUCGACGUGUUCUAUGUUGUCAAUUAACUUAUCUUUACGAAUGUAUCGCCUAUGUUAUACAUUUUAAAGUUUGUGUACUAUCUUUUUAAAUAAAUUGUAAAUUUUCAGUGCA